ACUUCACUUGAAGAUGCUCCGGACUGGACAGUGUGUGUCACUUACAACUUGCUGAUGGCAGGAAAGCUGAAUAAUUCAAGUCUUUAGAGAUUUAAACACUUUCAUAGGAUAUUUUAAUUGUAAUUAUAAAAGAUUUGAGAUAAGCAGAAACAAUGGGAGCUGUUCAAAGCUUCAGGGAGAUGUGUGACCGGACAAAAAACACUAAUGUUCGUCUCAGUCUCCCGGCUGUUUGUAUAGUGUGGCAAACAGCCAUGAUCAUCUUGUUUGGGGUUUUUAUUCGGUACAACGCGGAAUCGGACACGCACUGGAUAGAGCACAGGAAAAAGAAAAAUAUAUCCAGUGACAUUGAGAAUGAUUUCUACUUCAGAUAUCCAAGUUUCCAAGAUGUGCACGUGAUGAUUUUUGUUGGGUUUGGCUUCCUGAUGACCUUCCUAAAGCGUUACAGCUUCGGUGGAGUGGGUUUCAAUUUCCUCAUCGCUGCCUUCGGCCUCCAGUGGGCUCUACUGAUGCAGGGCUGGUUCCACUCCCUCGACUACACUGACGGAAAGAUCAAAAUUGGUGUUGAAAACCUGAUCAAUGCUGAUUUCUGUGUGGCUGGCUGCUUGAUUGCUUACGGAGCGCUGCUGGGAAAAGUCAGUCCCGUCCAGUUGAUGGUUUUGACUUUAUUUGGGAUCACGUUGUUUGCAGUGGAGGAAUAUAUAAUCCUGGAUCUUAUACAUGCCAAAGAUGCUGGAGGGUCCAUGGUGAUCCACACAUUUGGAGGAUAUUAUGGUCUUGCCAUAUCGUGGAUGCUGUAUCGGCCAAACCUGGACCAGAGCGACCGCUUGCAAGGCUCUGUCUAUCACUCAGAUAUCUUUGCUACGAUUGGCACGCUCUUCCUCUGGAUGUUCUGGCCCAGCUUCAACUCAGCCAUCACAGAUCACGGAGAUGGGCAGCACAGAGCAGCCAUCAAUACCUACCUGGCUCUGGCUUCAACUGUGCUCACUACCUUUGCUGUUUCAAGCAUCUUCCAAAAACAUGGGAAGCUGGACAUGGUUCACAUCCAGAACUCCACACUUGCAGGAGGCGUAGCCGUAGGAACAGCAGCAGAGUUCAUGCUGAUGCCCUAUGGGUCUCUUAUUGUAGGAUUCUUAUGUGGCAUUCUCUCCACACUUGGAUAUAUCUACGUCACACCAUUCAUGGAAAAGCACAUGAAGAUCCAGGACACAUGUGGAAUCCACAACCUCCAUGCCAUGCCAGGAGUUAUAGGAGGUAUUGUUGGAGCCAUCACUGCUGCAGCUGCGUCAGAGUCAGUUUAUGGCCGUGAAGGGCUAAUUAACACCUUUGACUUUGAGGGUGAUUUCAAAGACACAGUCCCCACAAUACAGGGCGGUUACCAGGCAGGAGGCCUCUGUGUGGCCAUCUGCUUCGGUGUCGGCGGAGGCAUCCUUGUUGGCGCUAUCUUGAGAUUACCGAUCUGGGGAGACCCUGCAGAUGACAACUGCUUCGAUGACGAGCCAUACUGGGAGUUGCCACAGGAUGAGGAGAGCAUCCCACCCAUCCUGCAGUACAACAACCACAUGCAGAGCAAAGAUGUAGCGGAGUCAAAUUUCACCAUGGAGCAGGAUUCUAGGCCUCGAUCAUGAUCGAUCUCUGCCUUGAUCAUCCAUGGCCGUCUCCUUUAAUUCUCCCACUUGACAGAAAGAUUCAUUUGGUGCAAUUACAGCCUUCAAAUCAUCACCAGCAAUUUUUCAUAUGUGUGUUAAUGAGUAUAGUUUUGGCUUGGAUGCACUUUUUUUCAGCUGUUGGCAGUGGGUCAUCUGUUUUCCAAAACAAUUUUCCAGUUAAAUCGGUUCAUCUUAAAAAAUGAAGUAAGUGACAUUACAUUGAUUUGAAUGAUUUCAAAAUUGAGUAAAUGUACUUCUGCAUUACAUUUUUCCUUUCAAGAUACUAUUCCCAGUGCUCUGCUGAAACUUAUUAAUUUACUUUUAAAAUAAAACACCACAUUUUGCUUUGUUUUUCAUCCAAACCCAACUGAGUUGCUGAAUUUUCAUCUUAAUUUUCUGAUUUAAAUAUUUUAUCUGCCUAAUGUUAAAGAUCUGCUUAUUUUGUCAUUUUCUUAUUUACAUACUUACAAAUUAUAAUUUUAAUGUCAUAAUGUAAAAUGGCACUGAGAUCAUUUUUGACUGUCUUCGUACUGAAUUUUUACUACCAGAUUUGGUUUUCUUGUAACAGGUUGUGAAUUUUAGGAAUAUAAAAACUGUCAUAAUAUUUUUCGACCUAAAUAUAAUGUGAAAUUAAUAAUAUCCCCUAAAACCUAUACUUUGAUCCACCUUGUUUAGUAUUUAUUUGAAAAUGUUAUUGAUGGUUUGAAAGACAAUUAAUGUGUACAUGUAAGAGCAUGAUUAAGUGCUUAUGCAAUGGCCACCUCUUACCUACAGGGGAUAUAAUCAUUGAAAAAUGUUUUAGUUCACACAUUUUUGUUUGGGAUUAAUGUCUUAUAUACUAUUAAUAAAUGCAGUGCCUUUACAAGCUAAAUUUGAGUGUAGAGUUGUAGAUGUUUUCAUCCACACAAUAAAUCUACAAAUUGAA